CAACUAGUCGUGGUUUCUUCAAGUUGUUCUCUUUCCUCUGUUUUUCUAUUUCCUCUGUUCUGGUCCCAUAUAUGGCUAAAGUUUAACUCUAUUGCCGGCGAAACUUUUUCCCCGUGAAUUUGGGAACUCCGACAACUACAUUCUUUCACGUCUACAGAAGUUUCUGUUUCUUCGUUAAAAUAUAAAAUUUGUUCAGUUUCAGAAUUUUAAGUCUUCCUUGAGUAUCAUCAUAGUUUUUCAUCUGAGGUCUUGAAGAUUUGGUGGUUUUUUGGUUUGUUUUUUUUGUUUGUUAAAUGGCGGAAACUGAAGAAAAUAGGGGAAAGAGGAGUCUUUCAAUGCAAAUGAAUGGUUUUUCAAGAGAUCUGUUGCAUAAAUUCAUGAACGGAAACAACUUUAAAGGGAAAUUGCAACAAAUUCCUCCGAAUGAGAAUCAUGAGGAUGAAGAUGAUAUAGAGCUGAGCUUGGGGCUUUCAUUAAACGGCCGAUUUGGUGUGGACCCAGAAAGAGCUAAAAGACUCAAACGUUCUUCUUCAAUCAAUAACGUUGUGUUCAUUAACGGUGAGGACAGUAAUAAUAGCCGUGGAUUUCCUUUUGGCUCGUACGCAACUCUAGCAAGGACGUGUUCGUUACCCGUUGAAACAGAGGAGGAGUGCAGAAAACGGAAGGAAAUACAAUCGCUGAGGCGUUUGGAGGCAAAGAGGAAGAGAUGGGAGAAAUUACAGAAUGUCAGAGUGGUGAAAGAUUCGGUUGAUUUGGAGGAGAAUCGCGAAGAAAAUGGCAAUGGUUAUAGUAAUGGUCAGGGUUCAGUUGGAAAUAUUAUUUAUGUUAAUAAUGAGAAUUCGUUGCCCUUGUCACAAGGGUCGAUGGGUUCACAGGGCAGUGGUUCUUCAGGAAUUUCUGAUUUAGGGAGUCAACCCAUUCAAGGGCCAAGUGACUGUACCGGGACGAAUAUUCCCGCUAGCAUUAAGUCUGCAGAGCAAGAGCACGAACAGGAACCGGUAGCUGCACAACCCGAAACUACAAGCGAAAAAGCACCUAGCAUAUGUAAUGGAAAUGCUAGCAAGGAAACAAAAGAAAUGAUCAAAAACUUCAUGUUAAACAUGCCUUGUGUCUCGACAAAAGGUGACGGACCAAACGGCAAGAAGAUUGAAGGAUUCUUAUACAGAUAUAAAAAGGGAGAAGAAGUGCGGAUAGUUUGUGUUUGUCAUGGUAACUUCCUCUCCCCAGCCGAGUUUGUCAAGCACGCUGGUGGCAGUGAUGUUGCAAACCCGUUGAGGCAUAUUGUUGUCAAUCCUGCGCCGCUAAUGGGAUGACGGCCUUGCCCAAAAAGCGCGAUAAAGCUUCAAAAAAUUGAGCUUUACCAUCGUCGUUAAGUUUCUUUUGUAACUUGAACUGAUUUCCUGGAUCAAGGUUUUUCUAUUUUUCUGUAGAUUAUGAUAGAGAGUUUUUUUCCGGAUUUUGAGUAAUCAAUUCGCAGGUUUAUACUCUAUCCGAAAAUUUCAAGAAUCUCCUUUGGUAUC